AUGUCUUCUUCGGGAUCUUCACCAUCGGGCACGUCUAGUGCUGGUAGUAACUCUGGAUCAGGUCAACUUCCAUACGCCCCGUUUCCAUAUCCAAUGCCGGCCAAUCCUAGGGGCGGCUCGAGCCAGGGAGGUCAAGGCAAAUAG